AUGUGUACAUCAUUGAUACGCUCGCCGUACCGUGCAGACACUGGCUAACUCGAGAAGGGGACCAUAUGUAAACAAUAGUUACUGCAAUCCCGUAAAUCAAACAUCACAUCCCCGUUGCUUAUCUGUCAAGGUGUGGGUUGAGGAGUAAGUUAUCAACGGAGAGGCCCUUCUCGUCUCCGUAUCAAGCACUCGCAGUGUGGUUGUUACACGUUAUUAUUGAAGGGUUGAGUGGAAGGGUUAUCCAUGUGUGAUUCAGUCGUCUCCAUCGAGUAGGCUUCAGGCGAUAGCCAUUGAAUGGACAAGAACUACCUCACUAACACACUGGAGUAUUAUUAUAUACAACAUUUCUAUUUAUUACCAGCAGGACGGACCAUUGCGAUUUGCGUUAUAAACAAUAUACAUUGUACUCACCUCUUACUGUGCUGAUGUAGUGACCUACUUUAUAUUACCAGAUUUCUGGGGUUUGCAAGAGAGAGCUGGUUUUUCUGGAGCAUUACGACAACCUCAAAAACGUCAUUUCUGGCGAUAUUUGCUGAUUUUAAGCUUGCCUCGAGUUGUAUUUCUUACUUUUUUUCGGCAUUUCAUAAUUGGACAUUCAAAACAUGGCGAUGCAAAAGUUUCGCGCGAUGGACGAUGGUGAAUUUCAGGAAACUGGUAAGGUUAGCUUAAACAAACGCAUUCUUUACCUGCUAUUGGUUCUGUUAAUAGUGGUUCCGAUCGUUGUAGGGGUCCUUGUGUGGUAUCUAGCACCACCGAGGUCAUGUGACAAUUUACCAAACGUAGAGGGAGAGAGUGGUGCAAACACCGGAUCUGAAGUCACUACCACCACAACAACAACGGAAGUACCGAACUUCGAAAGUGAACCGUGGAAAAAUCUGCGCCUCCCGCGUUAUAUUAUACCCGUGCAUUAUGAUAUCACACUUUUCCCGGAUAUAUAUAACGGAAACGGAUGGUUUUAUGGGAACGAAUCUGUAGAAAUCCGCAUCACCAAGGAUACGUCGUAUAUUUUGAUUCAUUAUUACUACAUGAACAUCACCAAGACAAUGCUCAAGAAUAAUUCAAGUGGAGCUACAAUCCCAAUAAAACGGACGUUUUCGUACGCGGAAAACCAAUUCUGGGUUAUCGAGACUGUAUCCCCGUUGCUGAGUGGUGCUGUAGUCCGCCUAGAGACGCAGUACGACGGCUCUCUCACCCGGUCCAUGGUUGGACUCUACAAGAGUCGAUAUGUCAACUCGAUCACGGGGGAAACCAGGUACCUCGCCACGUCGAAGUUCGAGCCAGUCAGUGCUCGACGGGCAUUCCCUUCCUUCGACGAGCCGAAUAUCAAAGCACAAUAUACGAUUCGCCUCGUCCACCAGGACGGAUACACAGCAUUGUCCAACAUGCCGGAAGUCACGAUAGUGCCCUGGUCCGAGGACUCCAGCCUGAGGAUAACGUCCUUCCAGAGAUCGGUCGACAUGAGUACCUAUCUCGUCUGCUUCAUUGUCUGUGAUUUCCAGUAUCUCGAGUCGAGGACCAAAUCGAACAUUCUCGUAAGGACAUUUGCCACCCCAGACAGAGUGAACCAGACCAAGUUCUCACUUGACAUUGCUGUACAUUCCAUGGACUUGUAUGAACAACUGUUUAACGUGUCUUAUCCCCUACCAAAACAAGAUUUGAUAGCGAUCCCAGACUUUAUAUCCGGUGCUAUGGAACACUGGGGUCUCAUCACCUUCCGGGAAACCAAUAUGCUCUUUGACCCGGAAGAGGCUUCAUCAGCCAAUCAGCAACGAGUAGCGGUUGUUGUCACGCACGAGAUUGCACAUCAGUGGUUCGGUAACAUAGUAACAAUGGAUUGGUGGGAUGACCUGUGGCUCAAUGAGGGGUUCGCUAGCUUCAUGGAGUACCUUGGGGCUGCCUCCUUCAAACCGUCAUGGGACAUGAUGGAACAAUUUGUGACAGAAGAUGCGCAGCCCGUAAUGCUCACAGACUCUGGCAUGGCUUCUCAUCCAAUCAUCGUCGAGGUUACAAGCCCCAAUCAGAUCAACGAAGUAUUCGAUAGCAUUUCCUAUAGCAAGGGAGCGAGUGUUAUCCGAAUGCUUGAGUCAAUUAUGGGCAGAGACAAAUUCUUUCUGGGUGUUGGGAAAUACUUGAAGAAGUACGCCUGGGCUAAUGCUAGAACUGAUGACCUAUGGUCAGCUUUAGGCAUGGCGGACGAAGCUGCCGGCCUCUCGGUUAAGGCAGUCAUGGACACAUGGACGCGACAAAUGGGUCUGCCUUAUGUCGACUUGACCUUUAGCUAUACCGAGAACAAGGUCACAGCUGUACAGAGACGCUUCCUUGCCGACAACUCCAUGCAGUAUAAUGCUACCGACUCUCCAUAUAUGUAUAAAUGGUACAUACAUCUAGAUCACGUGUCUAAUACCGGAAGCGGAAGUCCUGUGUGGAUAUCGAAAAACGAGGAUUCCGUUGAAUUUGACAUCAGUGUGAGUCCGCAAAUGAACCAAUCAGUAUGGUUCAAAUUCAAUGUGAACCAGACUGGAUUUUACAGAGUGAACUACCCACCGAACUUGUGGAUGAGGUUUGCUACUAUGUUACAGAACGGAGGACUGCAGGAGUUAUCGAACGUUGACAAAGCUGGACUGAUAAACGACGCUCUUAAUUUUGCGCGUGCGGGCCAUUUGCCUUAUGACGUAGCACUUAGUAUGACGUUGUACCUGGAUCAAGAACACAAUCAUCUACCAUGGGAGAGCGCCUACACUGCUUUCGCAUACAUUUCGUCCAUGUUUCAAUAUGGUGGAUCUUACGGGGCAUGGAGGAAAUAUGUCGUGAUGAAAACAAAGCCGGCAUUGGAGCAGCUUGGAUGGUCAGAUACUGGUUCACACCUGCAAAAAUUGAUGCGAACGAACCUCAUUGCCCUGGCAUGUGGUCAUUCUGAUUCAGACUGCCUCAAUAACGCAACUGUCCUGUUUAGGGCUUGGCUGGACAAUGGUCAAGUUAUCCCACCAAAUCUUCGCCAGUUGGUGUACAGAUACGGUAUGGAGAAUGCUGGGACAGAUGAGGACUGGAACGCUAUGUGGGAGAAAUACACUACAGAAACAGUCCCUCAGGAAAAAACAAAGCUGCUGUAUGGUCUUUCUCGUACGAAGCAAGUAUGGCUGUUGUCAAGGUACCUUGGAAUGACAAAGAAUGAAUCCUUAGUAAGGUCACAGGACUUCUUCGCCGUUCUUAUUUAUAUAUCCGGAAAUCCAGUCGGCCGGAGUCUCGUUUGGAACUGGGUCAGACAAAACUGGGAUUAUCUCGUUGGCAGAUUCACUCUAUACUCCCGGUCGUUGGGGAGACUGAUACCACGCGUCAUCAGGACCUUCAAUACAGAAUUUCAGCUUGAGGAGGUGCUCGAGUUCAUUGGAAAAAACCCGGAUGCUGGAGCCGGUGCAAGAUCACGUGACCAAUCCUUGGAAACGGUUCGCAGGAAUAUCGCAUGGAUGGAGCGCCACCAAUCGACCAUUACAGAGUGGUUAUGUCGUCAGACAUCGUGUUGAGUGGAGGAACAAUAAACUUUAUAUCAACAAUGGAGAAAUGAUAGAGAAAUUGCAGUAUUCAGAGUCUUCUUAAUAACAGAAUCCAGCAAAGUCAAAUUACUAUCGAUCAUAAUAUGGUAUAUUACUCCGCCGUUAUGGAAUAAAAAACAAAAAUGCUCUAUGUUUCACUAGAUGAAUUACAAAAAUUUGGUAUACGGAAUAACAUUGGUACGAUCCUUUGAUACAACCCACAUGUAUAUGAAUCUAAAUAGAAUUCAUACGACCUUAAGUAUUCAAAUCAGUUUUUCAAAAUAUCAAAUGCAAUUGAUAGAACUGACGUGUUCUAUGUAUAGUGUACUAGACUAGCUGUAAAUAUAAUAGAUGUAUAUAUGUACAUAUGAAUGUUAUUUUAUUUACAGGAAGCUUUCUUACGCAGAUAUUUGGUAAUAUAAAAUAAUAUAAAAAUAAUAAAAAAAGAUUUUUAAAAUAUAAGUAAAAAAAGCAUGUACUUAACGAAAACGUGGCCUUGUAUAUGACGCACUUCCUAUAUUUGUUUUUUUAUUAUUAAUGUGUGAAAAACCAGAAAUUAUCGAACCAUAAUGUAACGUUAUUAAAUAUGAAAUAAAGAAAUUGAGAAUGACAAUUAUGA